AUGAGUGAUAAAUUCCACUGUCGCAUGUACGAGGACGAGUUCCCCAAGGUCGACGAUGUCGUCAUGGUGAACGUCCGACAAAUCGCUGAUAUGGGCGCUUAUGUCAAACUCCUGGAAUACGGUGACCGAGAAGGCAUGAUCUUGUUGUCCGAACUCUCCAGAAGACGUAUUCGUUCCGUUCAGAAAUUAAUUCGAGUCGGCAGAAACGAAGUGGUGGUCGUACUCAGAGUCGACGAAGAAAAAGGUUACAUUGAUUUGUCCAAGCGUCGUGUCACACCUGAAGACAUUGCAAAGUGCGAAGAAAAGUUCAACAAAUCAAAAGCUGUUCAUUCCAUUUUGCGUCAUGUUGCUGAGAAACAUGAUAUGGCACUGAAGGAUUUAUAUGAAACCAUCGGCUGGCCAUUAUACCGAAAGUUUGGCCACGCCUUUGACGCUUUCAAGGUUGCCAUUACUGAUCCUACCCCUGUGUUCGAAGGCCUUAACAUUGAAGAAAGUGUUCUCAAUGAAUUAGUUUCAAAUAUCAAGCGAAGAAUGACUCCUCAGCCCGUCAAGAUUCGUGCCCAAUUGGAUUUGAGAUGCACAGGUAUCGAUGGUGUGAACGCUAUUAAAGCAGCUUUGCAAGCAGGCGAAAAAGAAUCAAUCGAGAACGUGCCUAUCAAGAUUACCUACUUGGCAGCACCUUUCUAUGUUGUUACAGUGGACGCAUUGGAUAAGCAAUUGGGAUUCUCGGUCAUGGAAAAGGCACUGAAUGCGAUAAAGGAAACUUUGGAAAGCCACAAGUGGGCUCGAUUCAAGGUCGAAAAGGAAGCCAAAUUGGUAUCUGAUUCUGAUGAUCGUGAAUUUGCUGCUUUGAUGGCUCAAGCUACGAAAGAAAACGAACUUGUCGGUGGUGAUGAAGAUGAAGGCGAUGCAGUUGCUGCCAGUGAUGAUGAUAUGUAG